AUGCCAAUAACUGGCAAAAUAAGUAGUGUUUCCCAACCGGUGUCCAUAUCGUGGCAUAACAUCAAUGUCUUCAGUAAACCCUCGACUGGAAUACGAUUGCCGUUUAGAAAGAAAGACGAUUCCAGUGUUCAUAUACUCAAGAAUGUCAGCGGUCAUGUAAAUAGUGGACAGUUGUUGGCAAUUAUGGGAUCUAGCGGCGCCGGCAAAACCACUCUAAUGAAUGUAUUGACACAAAGAAAUUUAUCGGACGUUAAAGUGAACGGUUCGGUCAAAUUGAACGGCAAAAUCAUGGACUAUAAUACCAUUAAAUCCCUGUCGGCUUACGUACAACAGGACGACAUGUUUAUCGCAAACAUCACAGUUAGGGAGCACUUGAAGUUUCAGUCACGCGUUCGUAUGGAUCAGUCAACGACCCUUAAGUUUAGGGAAAGUCGUAUUAAUCAAGUCUUAUUAGACUUGGGACUAAACAAAUGCGCCGACACUAUGAUAGGAGCUCCGGAAGUGGAGAAAGGCAUAUCUGGUGGCGAAAGAAAGCGAUUAUCAAUUGCUUCCGAAUUAUUAACGGACCCAUCGGUUAUGUUUUGUGACGAACCGACCUCAGGGUUGGACUCAUUCAUGGCUCAGAACAUAAUGGAUGUGAUGAGAGAGAUGGCAGCCUCGGGACGGACU